AUGAAGAUAUCGCUUCGUGCAUCAUUUUUAAAAGUUUUGUCAGUAGCUUGGUCGCUCCAUACAGGUCCCAAUCAGCCUACAGCUCAGAUGCAGUCCUCUGGUUCACAUUCAUUCUCAACUGUUGAGUGCUGGAACGCCAAUGGUCUCUGUAAGGAUUCGUUUGCCGCCGCUCUUCUGGCUCGCUCUGGCAAUGAAGCCGAAUAA